AGUAUUUAAAGAUCGAACUGGCGGUGUAAAAACAGGUUUGUUGUGUGCAUGAAAGGCAGAUUAUUGGCAAAAUGUAAACUAUAGUUACUGCACUGUAUCGAACAUGCACGCACUGUUUGUAUCAAUGGUAUAAUCAAGUAAUUUGAAAGAUAAGAAGUGAUGAUGGUGAGGGGAUGAGAAGUGUAUUUUAUGGUACAUGUAUAUUCUGGAAUAUGAAGUUUAUAUUCACUUUACUUGUGAUUUUCUUACCAUUCCUGAGGCCUACAAUUGAACUUACUAAUACAAGGUGUCCUAUAGGACAACCUUUGGUCUCGGCCAAGAACAACUCUUUGGUCGAGUGCUACAAAUUGAGCAAACACAGACGUUGUCCGUCGCCAUAUUACUGCUCUGGUGGCGUCCUUUCGAAAGGAGUUUGCUGCAAAGAUUCGCUCUCCUUGCUAUGCCUGACAUGUUUCAAGGCGGGUGACGUAAAAUGGACUACUGACGACACAGGGACUAUUUUUCACGUUAACAUUUUCUUCCGCUGGAAGCGGGAGGACUGUAGUAAAUCGGUUUUGCGCCACGGCUGGGACCCCUCCCUCACGGUGCUGGUCAUUGGGGACGACAACCAAACCUGGCUGGAGCGGACACUGAACUGCAAAGCAACAGAGAAACCUUGCUCAAAGUAUUUCACCUUCAAUAUUCCAUUGAAGAGUUAUCGUGUAUUGUACCAGGUAAAUGGUCCAGGAAUGUCUAGCCUGUGUCGUUUUAUUGAAAUAGUCAAAGUCUCGCCGCCACUGUCGCCACCAUCUCUAGCAUUGCCCAAACCGGUGCAGGACAACACAGCCCAGCCCCCUCUGUCGUCCUCUGUGGAGACAAUAGCAAGCAUACUGGUUGCCCUGUGUCUGUUGGCCAUUGCUACAGCUGUUGUGUUUGUAUACAGAUGGAGGUUUGGGCACUCGGUGAAAAAUAACCACGACGAGUCAGAAAUCGCCCUCGUGCAAGGUACAGAGAAUGUGGACAUUUUCACAGUGGCUAUGCCUGGAAUCGGUGCAGAAGUGAUUAAAGAACUGAAACAGAUAAGCAGUCUACACUUUAUAACGGUAGACCAAUUCCAGGCAGAAAUCUUUCAAAAUAGCAAGGAAUGGAUGGAUUCUGUGCAACAUAAAUAUACGAACUUCUUGUUCCUUUUGACAAAGGAGUUGAUUUGUGAUGAUGUUGAAGAUUUUUCCCAUCCAUUGAACUCAAUCGCAAAAUCUUUAUUUCAUAACAUACAAAAUUCUCCUCGUGUGGAGAAUCUGAAUACUUUUUACGUUUAUUUACAACAACCUUCUUCGUUUAAAAGCCAUUUCCCAAACUCCCGCCAUAAAAGAAAUGAUAUUUAUAAUUUUUCAGGGAAAAACUUCCAUAACAAGGACUUUCAUCGUUUAGUUUCGGAUUUAAAAGCAAACCACAGCAAUGUCUAACAGAAAAUAAAUCCAUCAAUGACGUUUUCUCGUCAAAAAAAAUGGAAACUGGCAAAGGGUUAAUAAAAGAUUCAAAAUUUAGACAGAAAAUCACGGUAAUUGAAUUUUGAUUUCAAAUAUAUCGGUGAUUCUUGAGAGAUAUUGGUCCAGAUAUUUCCGUCCAAAGAUUGUCAUGGUAACAUGAAAAUAAAACUGUUUGAAAGUAAAAGCAGUUACUUGUGACUUACGCAAUAAAUCCGCUGAAUCAAGCGACA